CACUACGGGACCCUAAUGGGCAGCAGAGCUUGUGUCAAAAUGGCAGCAGCUGCCUGGACCAGUGGUUUUCUCAAUGCUGUCCUGCACACUGGGAACACAUUUUCAAUUCCACUCUGUGAGGGCAAUGUCGUGGACCAGUUCUUCUGUGAAGUUCCCCAGAUCCUCAAGCUCUCCUGCUCUGACUCCUACCUCAGGGAACUUGGGCUUAUUGUGGUUAGUCUUUGCUUAGUCUUCGGGUGUUUCAUUUUCAUUGUGGUGUCCUACGUGCAGAUCUUCACUGCUGUGCUGAGGAUCCCCUCUGAGCAGGGCCGGCACAAAGCCUUUUCCAUGUGCCUCCCUCACCUGGCCGUGGUCUCCCUGUUUCUCAGCACUGUCAUCUUUGCCUACCUGAAGCCCCCCUCCAUCUCCUCGCCAGCUCUGGAUCUGGUGGUGGCUGUUCUGUACUCGGUGGUGCCUCCAAAAUGUUUGAAUUCAUCCCACUUCUCCAGAGACACAAACCCUGUCUGUCUGACUGAGAGGCCUUCUGCAAAUCUGCCCUUCACCGUGUCCGAGCUGGCUUCCGAAGUAACACUACUGUAA